UCAAGGCGAAGGAAGCAGCCUGCGCCUUUAGGGGGACCCCUCGCACGGUCCUGAGGGCCUCCCCAGCGCCGAGGGGGACGCCUCAGCAGACGACAGGCUCCAUCCCGAGGAAGCCAUUCCUCCCGUUCACCUUCGGGGCGCCGGGGGCAGGCCGAAGGCUUCCCCUUCCUUCUCCCGCCCCGCGUCCUUCGGAGGCACCCAGCGGGCCGGCGGCCAUGUCGGGCGCCGAGCGGCGGCGGGCGGCAGGCCAUGUUCAGUUGGAUAGCAGAUCUACAUUAACCACCACAGACAGAAAUCAGAACAUCACCGAAGUAGAUGCUCUUAAUAAAAGACAAACAUAUGACCCUGCAGAGCAAUACAAAAUGAACCAUCAAAGAAGAGGAGUUGCAUUGAUCUUCAAUCAUGAGCGCUUUUAUUGGCAGUUAAUGCUGCCAGAAAGACGUGGGACUUCUGCAGACAGAAACAAUCUGAAACGCAGCUUGACAGACCUAGGAUUUGAAGUCAGAGAUUUUGAUGACCUGAAAGCAGAAGAUGUGCUGCAGAAAGUUCAUGAAGCCUCUCUGGAUGACCACAGCGAUGCUGACUGCUUUGUUUGCAUAUACUUGAGUCACGGUGAGAAUGAUCACGUUUAUGCACAUGAUGGCCAAAUCAAAAUUGAGACAAUCACAAACAUGUUCAGGGGAGACAAGUGCCCGAGUCUGGUAGGAAAGCCGAAGAUAUUUAUCAUUCAGGCAUGUCGAGGUGAUAAACAUGACGAUCCAGUUAUUGUUCAGGAUACAGUAGAUGGCACAGAAGAAACCAUUGUUAACGAGACUGAAGUGGACGCAGCUGGUGUCUACACCCUGCCUGCUGGUGCAGACUUUCUCAUGUGCUAUUCUGUGGCACAAGGUUACUUUUCUCACCGUGAAACCAUAAAUGGCUCCUGGUACAUUCAAGAUUUGUGUGAGGCGCUGAGGAAGCAUGGCUCUUCCUUGGAGUUCACAGAACUUCUUACUGUUGUUAACAGAAAAGUAUCGCAUCGCAAAGUGGAUGUGUGCAAGGACAUAAAUGCUAUAGGAAAAAAACAGAUUCCUUGUUUUGCCUCAAUGUUAACUAAAAAAUUGUACUUUCAUCCAAAAUCUAAGUAGGUUAUUAUUUAACAAUGACAGUUUUUAAUACUGGCUGUAGAAGUGAGAAAAACACUAUCUUAGAUCAGGAGACAAAUAUUCUAUACAAUUAUUUGCAAAAACACCAAGAUCAAAUCUUAUAGUUGGUAUAUGCAAUAGUUUCUAAAUUCUCAAAGUGAUUUUAAAGAUAGUAUUACAGCUCUGUUCCUCUCAGGGAAAUUGGGAAAAGUCUGCUGGUGCAAGACUAGUAAAAGGUGCUUAGAUUUCAUUGAAAUGGGUACUGUAGAUAACUUUUAAAGAAAAAAGUAAGAUUUUUGCUUGCUUGCUUUCUAAUUAUGGCACAUUUUUACUAUUUCCAAACGUUUUUAAAUACUGCAUUAGGUUAACUUUUCUUGCUCAAAGAGCACUGUUUACAAGGAAUAUAUUUCUAAGACAUCUUUUUAAAUCUGUGUGCGGUCAUAUCUGCCUUCCAAUUUUUACUGAUUUAUCGAGGAUGAUUUUUUAAGACUUUUUUUGUUUUAAUUUUCUCUCAACACUAAAAGGGAACUUUAUUCCUUGAGUGCAAUUUAGUAUUAAUGCAAAUAAAGUGCUUCUUCUGCUUGCACAUCAUUUACAUUUGUGCUACAAUUAAAGCUUGCUGGUGCUUUGCAAGGAGUAAAGCGAGCAGUAGUGAAGUUAGACCACGAAUAGCUUGCUUACUUUGGGUACAAAUACACUCCGUGGUGGUGAAAGCUCAUCUUGUAUAGAUCUCAAAGCAAAUCAUUUAUAGGGUCCAGGGUCGCUUAUAACUCUGCUGGAUAUCUUUAGCAGCUCUGUAAAUUACAACAUGUACACACCUUUAUACUUCAGGCCGUGGUGUUGGAUCAGCCUCUGCCUCCCCUCGGCUCCAGAGCUCGGCUGUACACUGUCCUUUUGCAUACAAAACUGACAGCACGUUUGUCACCAUAGGAUGUUUCAGGUUGCUGCAAGUGCAGCAUCAGUAAUUUCAAUUCCAUAUGUAAUAGAAGUACUUCCAUAUGUAAUGGAAGCAAAUUAUUAUUUUUUUAAUUAGUUUUUACGUUAUUGGUACACGUGCUUAACUCUGGGGGAUGAUGGAGAACUCAAGCUGAGCAAAGUGGCUUAAUCCACUUUCCGGGGUAUAAAAUAAUUGACUUACUGGCUCUGCUUUACUUAAGUCCUUCCGCAUACUGUGUUCUGAAUCACAGAUAUUUAGGCUUAAUAGGGCUAUUUAGAAGCUUUGUAUAAAUCAUGUAUGUGUGAAUGUUUUGAUAAGUCCUGUCAAUAAAAUGCAAUAAUAAAACAAAUAAUUUUAC